CUCGGGCCCGCCCCGCCGCGGCUGCGGGCGCUGGAAGCCCCGGUCCUCCCGGAAGUUCCCGGCUCUGCCUGUCGGGCUCCGGUUCUGCGCCGCGGAGGGGCCCAGGGCUGUGGGGAUGGCGGAGGCGGCGCUGUUGCUGCCUCCCGAGGCGGCGGCCGAGCGGGACGCCCGCGAGAAGCUGUCUCUCUGGGAUCGGAGACCCGACUCGAUGGCGCCGCUGACGGACAGGCAGACGGACUCGGUGCUGGAGCUCAAGGCGGCCGUGGAGAACCUGCCGGUGCCCGCCGAGCUCCCAAUUGAAGAUGUAUGCAGCUUAGCAUCCCAGUCGCUGCCCCUUGAGCUGACUGCUGUAGUGCCUGAAUCUACAGAAGACAUCCUGUUAAAGGGCUUCACUUCCUUAGGAAUGGAAGAAGAAAGAAUUGAGACUGCACAGCAGUUUUUCUCAUGGUUUGCAAAACUGCAAACUCAGAUGGAUCAGGAUGAAGGAACUAAAUAUAGACAGAUGAGGGAUUACUUGUCUGGGUUUCAGGAACAGUGUGAUGCUAUACUGAAUGAUGUGAACAGUGCUCUUCAGCAUCUGGAGUCAUUGCAGAAACAGUAUCUUUUUGUGUCCAAUAAGACAGGAACGCUUCAUGAAGCCUGUGAACAGCUCCUAAAGGAACAGUCGGAGCUUGCUGAUCUUGCUGAGCAUAUCCAACAGAAGCUGUCUUAUUUUAAUGAGUUGGAGACGAUUAACACAAAAUUGAAUUCCCCUACGUUGUCUGUGAAUAGUGAAGGAUUUAUCCCUAUGUUGGCCAAGUUAGAUGAUUGUAUAACAUAUAUUUCAUCUCAUCCUAAUUUUAAAGAUUAUCCUGUAUACUUACUGAAGUUUAAACAAUGUCUUUCUAAAGCUUUGCACCUCAUGAAGACAUAUACUGUGAACACACUGCAGACUCUCACAAAUCAGUUACUAAAGAGGGACCCCUCAUCAGUCCCUAAUGCAGACAAUGCCUUCACACUAUUUUAUGUGAAAUUUCGAGCCGCUGCCCCUAAAGUCAGAACUCUAAUUGAGCAGAUAGAGCAACGGUCUGAAAAGAUACCUGAAUACCAGCACCUUCUCAACGACAUCCACCAGUGUUACCUUGAUCAGCGGGAGCUCCUUUUAGGCCCAAGUAUUGCCUACACUGUCACGGAGUUAACCAGCCAGAACAACAGAGACCAUUGUGCCUUGGUUCGCAGUGGCUGUGCCUUUAUGGUCCAUGUCUGCCAAGAUGAGCACCAACUUUACAAUGAAUUUUUCACAAAGCCAACAUCAAAAUUAGAUGAGCUAUUGGAGAAAUUGUGUGUGUCGUUGUAUGAUGUGUUCCGGCCCUUGAUCAUCCAUGUCAUUCACUUAGAGACUUUAUCAGAGCUCUGUGGGAUUCUUAAAAAUGAAGUGCUUGAAGACCACGUACAGAACAACGCUGAACAACUGGGGGCAUUUGCAGCUGGAGUAAAGCAGAUGUUGGAAGAUGUACAAGAGAGGCUUGUGUAUCGAACCCAUAUCUACAUUCAGACGGACAUCACAGGCUACAAACCAGCUCCUGGAGAUCUGGCAUAUCCUGAUAAGCUAGUCAUGAUGGAGCAAAUCGCACAGAGUUUGAAGGAUGAGCAGAAGAAGGCACCUUCAGAAGCUUCCUUUUCAGAUGUACGGUUAGAAGAAGGAGAAGCCAAUAGUUUAAGAAAGUCUGGUUCAACAGACUCCCUCAAUCCUAGACCACAGACGACGAUAUCUCCAGCAGAUCUUCAUGGGAUGUGGUAUCCCACAGUUCGAAGAACGCUUGUCUGUCUCUCUAAAUUAUAUAGAUGCAUAGAUAGGGCGGUGUUCCAAGGAUUAUCACAGGAAGCCUUGUCUGCCUGCAUACAGUCCUUGCUAGGAGCAUCAGAGUCUAUCAGCAAAAACAAGACUCAGAUUGAUGGACAACUUUUCUUAAUUAAGCACCUUUUGAUUCUUCGAGAACAAAUUGCUCCAUUUCACACUGAAUUCACCAUUAAGGAAAUUUCCCUGGACCUCAAGAAAACUAGAGAUGCAGCAUUUAAAAUCCUGAACCCUAUGACUGUUCCAAGAUUUUUUAGGCUGAAUAGCAACAAUGCCUUGAUAGAGUUCUUGUUGGAGGGGACUCCUGAGAUCAGAGAACAUUAUCUUGACUCUAAGAAGGACGUAGACCGGCACCUGAAGUCAGCCUGUGAGCAGUUCAUUCAGCAGCAGACCAGGCUGUUUGUAGAGCAGCUGGAGGAGUUCAUGACAAAGGUAUCAGCAUUAAAAACCAUGGCCAGCCAGGGAGGCCCCAAGUACACCCUCUCACAGCAGCCGUGGGCACAGCCAGCAAAGGUCAAUGACCUUGUGGCCACUGCCUACAAGACAAUAAAGACGAAGCUGCCGCUGACACUGAGGAGCAUGUCUUUGUAUCUGUCCAACAAGGACACAGAGUUCAUCUUGUUUAAGCCUGUCAGGAAUAACAUUCAGCAAGUCUUCCAGAAGUUCCAUGCUCUGCUAAAGGAGGAGUUCAGUUCUGAAGAUAUCCAGAUCAUUGCUUGCCCUUCCAUGGAACAGCUGAACCUCCUGCUGUCAGUUUCUAAGUAAUCCCAGUGGACCACGGGUGUCAGCAGUCUGUCCCACAGGAGAGGCCUGAGGAGUCCUGCAGCCUGCAGGAUGCUCAAGACCCCCAUGUGGGACGGCUCCUGAGGAACACGGAUGUGCUGCCCGCAGAAGGAAACGUGGGUGAAGCCAGAGAAGAUCAAAAUGCCAAAGAUUGACAGCAGGGAGAGCUGCCUCAUUGAAGUGGUCUCCAGCAGUGGAGAGAAGUGACAGGGAGCCACGAUUCACAGUGAAAUGUUCCUUCACACAGAUUGUGCAAUAAAGUAGGUUACAGUAGUGACUAGUGUGAUGCACUCAUAGGAACUCAGCUGACUGGAAAGCUGCCGGGUCUCAGCAAGGCAUUUACCCCGGGCAUUCCACGGACGCUGUGAUUUGGAGAACUCUUACUUCUGUGUCCUGGUGCAGUGCUUCUGCUGGGUCGAGGUUCAGUUGGCAUAGGAUGGUUGCUGCCAAGAAGGCAUCUUGCUUUUCCUGGUCUCAGGCUGUCAUCUUUCUGUGGGCUGACAAGAGGUAGGGAGCAGUUGCAAGAAGCCAAGGCCUCCUGUAAGGCUCUCCCCUUGAACUGCAUCCUCCUCACUAGAUAGGUGUAUCUUGAUGAUGGAGAUCUUCACAGUGCCAGCACCACUGUGUGAGUGGGGUUUUAGCCUGGCACAGCCUGGAGAGGAGGUGGCCUGAGGGUCUCAUGGAUGGAGCUUAGUUGCGGUCAUUCUUUAUAAAGUGAAUACUCUUUGGUUGCCUAUGUUGUCCUAGACACUAGCCUUCCAGUGUCCCCAGUCCUGCCAUAGCUGAACACCUAAGUGUGGCAAACACUGCCCGUACCUUAAAUAUGACACCAGUCAAAAGUCAAAGGACUAUAAGCAUCUGUGAAUUUUCCUACAAUUUCCCCUUUGAAUUUGGGAUUGAAUUGGCUUUGACCCUGGUGUUACAGUAAAUGUAGCCUGUUUCUUGGUUCAAUUACUCAGACCGUCGUCUGUAGGGUGGGACAGUGCUGAGGGCUCUGAAAUGGGGCAGAUGAUGCAGGUGAAACCUCAUGGUGCAGGUGAAGAGGCAGGAACAGCCUCCUGCACAGUGUGCACAUGGGUGACCCAUCCCGAUGCAACAGGCCACUUGUUUCUCAGCCCAGUUUAAAUUGGUGGUGGCUGUUGCUUGGUAGAGCAUAUUACUCUGUAUUUUGGGAAACUCAAAGGUAAGAGGGUCCAUAUUUUUUCUUUGCUAUGAAAUGAAUGAGUUAGGAAGAUUGUACUUACUAUUUUAAAUACAUGUCUUAUGUGAUAAACUGUAAUAUCCAGUUCUGUGUAUUAUAUGUACAUUGGGUGUUCAGAUAGCCUUUCCAAAGAGACAAGGACGCAACCAUCGUACAGUGCCGUGGCUCAGCAGAUGUACAGAGCAGGGCUUGUUCGGGGACUCUUGUGCUUUGAUCCGUUUGUUUCUGAAAACACUCACACGUACCUUACCAACUGCUGGGAGGGUGGGCUGGUCCGAUUUGCCCGCUGAAUGAGUGUUUGUUUAGAUCUGUACAGUUUCACUGUUUACUCAUACAGAGUGUACAUACUUUGGAAUAAUUAAUUUAAAAUGCUUUAUAUUAUUUAGCUAGAAAUUGCUGUUUUUAAUAAAUAAAUUUUUUUAAAAAAAA